CAAACAAAUCAAGCCCUCUUCUCGCUACAAAAAGAUCUACUAAAUCCAAUUGGCUAGUUAGAUCGACCACAUAGUAGAAGGAGAAAAGGUUGAGAAUGUUCCGUCGCAGUGGUGGCGGCGGUGGCAGGACCAAGAAGUCGACGGUGCCUGUGAGCACGAGCACGGGCAACGAGCUGCCCGUGGAUGGAGCGGUGCGGGUGACGAGAGUGGACAGAAUCCAGGCUUACAACCUCGUCUCCAGGCCAUCGGUGUACCACGCCGUCUCGGCGGCGACGUCUGUGCCGGUGGAGAGCCUGGCCGUCAGCGUUGUUCGGGUUGGGGACGUAGUGGACGACGAACACGACGGCUUUGUCUCUGUGACCGUCGCGCAUAACGACUAUAAGAACUAGGCCACCCUGUCUUCAGCGUUUGUGUGACGCUUGACCAGGGAAACAUAUCUAUACCUAAUAAUAAAGGAAGUAAGGUUUCUGCCAAAA